AGACACAGCCGGAGGGAAGAGAGUCAGUGAGAGUGAGACGGGGAAUGUGAAAGACCGAGAGAGAGCCACAGUCAGCGCUGUUAGAGGCAUCGAGCACAUCGUAACCCCUCCGGCUCACUGUCUGCCGUCUCCCUGCUCUGGACUUGAGGGGCUGAUGGUUGAUGUGAGUGUGGCGCUGCCACUGCAAGUGCCGCCUUCUGCCAUCCCCAUGGACCUGCGUGUAGAUCACCAGUUCGCCCUGGCGCCGACGGACCCGGCCCAGCGUGAGCAUCAGCUUCAGCAGGAGCUUCUGGCCCUCAAGCAGAAACAGCAGAUCCAGAGGCAGCUCCUGAUCGCAGAGUUUCAGCGGCAGCACGAGCAGCUCUCGCGCCAACAUGAAGCGCAACUGCAGGAGCAUGUGAAGCAUCAGCAGGACCUUCUGGCCCUGAAACAUCAGCAGGAGCUCCUGGAACACCAGCGGAAGUUGGAGCGUCAUCGUCAGGAACAGGAGAUGGAGAAACAGCAGCGGGAACAGAAGCUCCAGUUACUCAAAAACAAAGAACGCGGCCAAGAGAGCGCUGUGGCGAGCACUGAGGUGAAGAUGAGGUUGCAGGAGUUUGUCCUCAACAAGAAGAAAGCGCUGGCCCAGAGGAGCCUCAACCACUGCCUGUCCAGUGACCCGCGCUACUGGUACGGGAAAACCCAGCACAGCUCCCUGGACCAGAGCUCACCACCUCAGACAGGGAUUUCCACUUACAACCACCCGUUGCUGGGAAUGUACGACCCCAAAGAUGACUUCCCGCUCCGCAAGACAGCAUCUGAGCCUAACCUGAAGCUACGAUCCAGGCUGAAGCAGAAAGUUACGGAGCGCAGGAGUAGUCCGUUGCUUCGGCGGAAGGAUGGCCAGGUCACCACUGCAAAGAAACGCUCUCUGGACAUGGCAGAAUCGGCAUGUAGCAGUGCUCCUGGUUCUGGUCCAAGUUCACCCAACAACAGUUCAAACAACAUUACCAAUGAGAACGGCAUCGCUGGAUCCAUCUCCAACAGUCCAAUGGAGCCAUCUUUGGCACACAGACUCGCCGGCAGAGAGGGUCCUGUUAGCCAGCUGUCUCUGUACACAUCGCCCUCCCUUCCCAACAUCACCCUGGGCCUGCCAGCCACCGGCCCUUCCAGCAUGGCAUCUGGCCAGCAGGAUGGUGACAGAAUGGCAGUGCCAGGAAUACCCAUAACCACUCCGUUCAUGCCAGGAGCCCACCUGCCGUCUUACCUGACUGCCUCCUCCUUAGAGCGGGAGAGCGGCUCGGCACACAACACACUCCUCCAGCAUAUGGUGCUUCUGGAGCAGUCAGCCGCUCAGAACUCCCUCGCAGGCCUGGGUGGCGUGCCCCUGCAGUCCCAUCCCAUCCAUAAGCUCCGGCAGCAUCGGCCCCUCGGACGCACGCAGUCGGCCCCCCUGCCCCAGAACGCCCAGGCGCUGCAGCAGCUGGUGGUUCAACAGCAACACCAGCAGUUCCUGGAAAAACACAAGCAACAGUUCCAGCAGCAGCAGCUUCACAUCAGCAAGAUGAUGGCUAAGCCGAACGAGCCGGGCCGACAGCACGAGAGCCACCCGGAGGAGACGGAGGAGGAGCUGAGGGAGCACCAGGGGCUGGGAGACUCCUCCGAGGGUCUUCCUCACGGGGUCAUCGUCAAACAGGAACCUCUUGAUGAACAGGACGAAGAGUUCACGCAGAGAGAGAGACAAGUUGAGGAAGAGCUGCUCUUCAGACAGCAAGCUCUCCUGUUGGAGCAACAGAGGAUCCAUCAGCUGAGGAACUAUCAGGCGUCUAUGGAGGCGGCCGGACUGUCCGUGACCUUCCCAGGCCAUCGGCCCCUGUCCAGGGCACAAUCGUCCCCAGCCUCAGCGACCUUUCCCAUCGUGGUCCAGGAACCAGCAGCCAAACCACGCUUUACCACCGGUCUGGUGUACGACACCCUGAUGCAGAAGCACCAGUGCAUGUGUGGAAACAGUAACAUCCACCCCGAGCACGCCGGACGCAUCCAGAGCAUCUGGUCUCGACUGCAGGAGACAGGACUGCGCGGCCAGUGUGAGUGUAUUCGAGGCAGGAAAGCCACUCUGGAGGAGCUGCAGACGGUCCACUCUGAAGCCCAUGUGCUGCUUUAUGGAACCAACCCACUCAGACAAAAACUGGACAGCUCAGUGACACCCAUGUUCGUGAGACUGCCGUGCGGAGGAAUCGGGGUUGACAGUGACACUAUCUGGAAUGAAGUUCACUCGUCCAGUGCUGCUCGUCUGGCUGUGGGAUCUGUAGUGGAUCUGGUCUUUAAGGUGGCUUCGGGAGAGUUGAGGAACGGCUUUGCUGUGGUUCGACCUCCAGGACACCACGCUGAGGAGAGCACUCCCAUGGGAUUUUGCUAUUUCAACUCGGUCGCCAUUGCAGCCAAACUCCUACAGCAGAGACUCAACGUCAGUAAGAUUCUCAUUGUGGACUGGGACGUUCACCAUGGCAACGGGACUCAACAGGCCUUCUACAGUGACCCUAAUGUCCUGUAUCUGUCUCUCCAUCGCUACGAUGAUGGGAACUUCUUCCCCGGCAGCGGAGCCCCCGAUGAGGUGGGCAUCGGUCCAGGCGUGGGCUUUAACGUGAACAUGGCAUUCACCGGAGGUCUGGAGCCGCCCAUGGGGGACACGGAGUAUCUGGCAGCAUUCAGGACGGUGGUGAUGCCUAUCGCGAAUGAGUUCGCUCCGGACGUGGUGCUGGUUUCUUCAGGCUUCGACGCUGUGGAGGGCCACCAGCCUCCUCUGGGAGGGUACAAACUCACGGCCAAAUGUUUUGGCUACCUGACCAAGCAGCUGAUGGGACUGGCCGGCGGCCGGCUGGUGCUCGCGCUGGAGGGGGGUCACGACCUCACCGCCAUUUGCGAUGCCUCCGAAGCAUGUGUUUCUGCUUUACUUGGAAUCGAGUUGGAUCCUCUUCCUGAAGACGUGCUUCAACAGAGGCCGAACCCCAAUGCCGUUCACUCCAUGGAGAAAGUUCUGGAAGUCCAGAGUAAAUACUGGCGCUCGCUGGAGCGAUCUGCCUCGACUCUGGGCUACUCUCUGCUGGAGGCUCAGAGAUGUGAAACUGAAGAGGCAGAGACGGUGACCGCCAUGGCCUCCCUGUCUGUGGCCAACAAGCACAUGGGGAAGAGGACAGAGGAGGAGCCCAUGGAAGAGGAACCUCCAUUGUAGAAGGUCCGCUCGAAUGCCUUGGUGACCCUCUCAGCUCAGAGCCUCUUCAAGGCCUCUGACGUCACUCUACUCUCUCCAUCCGUUUCAUUUUUUGUCCCGCGAUGUGCGCACUUUGAGCACGGGAUCCGAAACGGCCUGAAGAAAUCUCCGUGACACCCAGAGUGCGACAAACGUCUCAGCCGUGUUAGUCUGUCUCUGUCCGUGGCAGCAAGUCCAGGAUUGUGCAUCCUGGUCUGUCCACAGGGACACUUAACAUUCGAGCAGGACAUAGACUCAUGUUUCAUUGUUAGAUGUGAGAGCUGGUGCUUUCGACAUGAACUUGUUUUCCAAUAUUUUCCAGAGCCACUAUAGUCCACGUGAUUGAUUUCGGCUGUGGGGUCUCGUUGCGGCCUACGUCUUCUUUUUUAUUUGUUGUUUGUCUGUUUUUCUUUUUCGUUUUGGGAGAAAAAAAGUGACUUGUUCCAUUCUCCAUCCGAGUCACCGCUUCUGACAUUCAUGACGAGAGACCCGCAAGGGUGGACGGAUGGGACUGUGAGAGAGGGCGAAGGAUUCUGGGAAGCCCCGACAAGAGAGCCAUGAGAGUGACAAUUUGAGUUUGUGCCUUUUUCAAAAAGAGUUUCCGUGACGGAUCGAGAAGAACAUUGCCUUAAACUAGUUACAGGA